AGUGGCCAUCGUGGCGGGAGCCCCGCGAACCCUGGGCCCCAGCCAGGAGGAGACAGGCGGCGUGUUCCUGUGCCCCUGGAGGGCCGAGGGCAGCCAGUGCACCUUGCUGCCCUUCCACCUCAAUGAUGAGACCCGACACGUAGGCUCCCACACCUUCCAAACCUUCAAGGCCCGGCAAGGACUGGGGGCGUCGGUCGUCAGCUGGAACGACAACAUUGUGGCCUGCGCCCCCUGGCAGCACUGGAACGCCCUAGAAAAGACCGAAGAGGCUGAGAAGACGCCCGUAGGUGGCUGCUUCGUGGCUCAGCUCCAGAACGGCCACCGCGCAGAGUACUCGCCCUGUCGGGCUAACACCAUGAGCCAGGUUUACGUGAAAAACGGCUUUAGAGACGACCGGCGCUACUGCGAAGCGGGCUUCAGCUCCGUGGUUACUCAGGCUGGAGAGCUGGUGCUUGGGGCCCCUGGCGGCUAUUUUUUCUUAGGUCUCCUGGCGCGGGCUCCCAUUACCAGUAUCGUCUCGAGUUACCGCCCAGGCACCCUCUUGUGGCACGUGCCCAACCAGAGCUUCACCUUCGACUACAGCAAGCCAGAGUACUACGACGGCUACCGGGGGUACUCGGUGGCCGUGGGAGAGUUCGACGGGGAUCUCAGUACUACAGAGUAUGUCCUCGGUGCCCCCACCUGGAGCUGGACCCUGGGAGCGGUGGAAAUUUUGAACUCGUACCACCAGACGCUGCACAAGCUGCAUGGAGAGCAGAUGGCUUCAUAUUUUGGACACUCGGUGACCGUCACUGAUGUCAACGGAGAUGGGAGGCACGACCUGCUGGUGGGCGCCCCACUGUACAUGGAGAGCCGCGCUGACCGCAAACUGGCCGAGGUGGGGCGCGUGUACUUGUUCCUGCAGCCUCGAGGUCACCACGUGCUGGGCGUCCCCAGCCUCCUGCUGACCGGCACUCAGCUCUACGGGCGAUUCGGCUCGGCCAUCGCACCCCUGGGCGACCUCGACCGGGAUGGCUACAACGAUGAGGACACUGAGGAAGAGCGGGAGAGCGCGUUACCCGCGCUAGCCUGGCAAGUUAGGGGGAGCUCUGGGACUCCCGCGGGCAACGCUCGGCCGGGGUACUGGUGGGAUGGAGUUUGUGAGAAUACAGUGUUAAGUGCGGUGCUGCCGCCGGUCACGCGUGACGUGGAGACCCGCGACCUUGGGGCGCUGGCCCGGCCGGGCACCCGCGGCGCAGCGGCUGGUCCCGGAGAGGUUGCUGGUGGGCGGGGCCGGCGGCACUCCGGGCAUGUAGCUGGUCGGCCGGCGGAGGGCGGAGCCUCGCGGCGCGGUCCGGGGGCGGGGCGGGCUCGGGUGCUUUCGGAGACAGCCUUGGUGCGGGGCGAGCGCGCGCGGACCGUAAACCGGCCGCGGAGCCGUCAUGGGCCCGCCGGGCUCCGGGAGCUGCGCAGCGCAAGCACCGGCCUGGAGUCAGGUGGGCGGAGCUGGACCUGGGUUGCGGGCCCGGCUGGGGACGGGGGCGGAGGUGGGCCUCCGGAGGUCCCGGGGAACCUGAGCCGGCGCGGGUCUGGGGGCCCGGAGUCGCGAGCCGUCAGGCCGACCUAG